AUGAACACUCCCCUCUCUCGUGACGUGGUCACCUUCGCCUUGGAGGCUCAGGCAGAGUACGACCCAUGCGAGCCCUUGUUUAUCGAUGCACAUGAGCCCUCUCUAUCCCUCAAUGCCACCCAGUUCCGGUUCCUGGUGCACUCUCUGAUUGCCGGGUUCAAAGCAAAUGCCAUGCAACCCGGCGAUUGUGUCUUGGUCCAUAUGGGAAACAACAUACGUCUGUUCUCUACACGGCCCUCUUUUCUCGCCAUCAUCGACGCUGGGGGAGUCUACAUGGGCUCUAAUCCUCAUAGCCAGGGGCACGAGUUGGACCAUGUCGUUGGACUCACCCAGCCCAAGUGGAUCAUCACAGAGUCUCAGGCAUUUCCGACGGUGACCACUGUUGCUGACAAGCACCACCUUUCCCUCGAUCAUGUUCUCCUCCUUGACGAUAUCACUCUCGUCGAUACCAUUCGCUUUGCCCACACCCAGUCCCCGACUCCUCCUCACAAGACAAACAAUACCAAUGUUCUCUCCCUCCUCUCCCAUGGCACCUCACCCCCACUCCUCAUCCCUGAUUCAUCCAGUGCAGCUUCCACCCCAGCAGCCCUUUACUCGACCAGUGGCACUACAGGUCUCCCCAAAGCCGCCGUGCUCUCCCAUCGCUCUCUCAUUGCUCAGCACGCCUCCAUAACUCAUUCUCCAUCCUAUAACGUAACGCGUCUCAUCUCCCUCCCCAUCUUCCAUCUCUUCAGCUCCCUCUGGACGCAUCUCUUCCCCCUCCGCUACGGCCACCCCCUUUACAUCCUCCGCGAGUUUGAACUGCCCCUCUUUCUCUCCACCGUGCACCGCCACAAGAUCAGCGAAACCUACCUCGUCCCUGUCAUGGUGCAUAUGCUCAACCAAGCCCCCGAUUUCCUGGAGCCGAAAUCCAUGCUCAGUUCCCUCCAUUACAUUGGAGUAGCGGGCGCCCCCAUCAACCGCGCCUCCAUGACCACCUUCCAGGAUCUCCUGCACCCGGACGCCUGCGCAGGACAAGUCUGGGGGAUGACAGAAUGUGGGGUCGUCUUUCAGCACCGCUACCCCUCCCAAGGAAGACUGGGACAAGGUGAUCUGGGUAGCAUUGGCCCAGUCACUCCGGGCUGGGAGGCGAAACUCGUUUCUGGUGCAUCUCGGGUUGAGGUUGAUGAAGUGUCGGGGCAGUUGUAUGUGAGAGGUGCUGGUCUGUUCACGGGAUACUUGGGACGUAGUGAGGUUAUGAUCGAUGGUGAAGGAUGGUUCGACACGGGUGACUUGGCAUAUGUCAAGAAUGGGGAGUAUUUCAUCGUUGGUCGGACCAAGGAGUUAAUCAAAGUACGAGGGUAUCAGGUCUGCCCAGCAGAACUGGAAGCGGUGCUCCUCCAAGACACGCGAAUCAGGGACGUGGCCGUCAUGGGAAUUCGGCUUCCAGAUGGUUCAGAGGCCCCUCGCGCGUACGUAGUACGGGCGGCGGGAGCCAAGCUCUCGUCUGAGGAGGUGUAUUCGUUUGUGCGCCAUCGACUGGCGGGAUACAAGGCGCUGGAUGGGGGGGUGUUUUUUGUUGAUCGGAUCCCACGUACAGUCAGUGGGAAGAUCCAGCGAGGGAAACUGGCCAGUAUGAAUGAGCGACGGGAUGCGUUGGCGGGGCUGCUGGAGAGGUUCCGUGUUAAGGGUGCUGUGGGAGGCAAUGCUAGAGCGUCGGUCGUGGUUUAA